AUGUCUUCUCUCUGCUUCUCCCCUGCUUCGGCUGCAGCCCGCCCGUCUGAGACCGGUCCGCAGUCCAGGGUUCAAGUCCCUGCCCCCGUCAACGCCAGCACCCUCGUGGCCUCGCUCGGUUCCUUCCUCCGCCGUGUCCCCCGCCUCCUCGCAGCCGCCGUCACAAGCGCUGUCCGCCCGAUCCUCCGGUACAUCGGUACCCCGACACCCCCCGCGAUGCUUGCCUGUAGCUCGUCUCCUCGUCAGCCCCAGACUGGAGCUACUCGGCCCUCGAUCACGGUGUCGUCCUCUCUUGGGCCGGAAUCCCGGAUCAGUCCUUCGGUCGGUUCUCCUUCGCCUUCGGUUGCUUCUGCGGUUUCGGCUCCUGUUGGACGUGUCUGCACUCCUCCCGGUCGAUCCCCGCAUGGCUUCACUCUGACGAUGGCCCAUUACUUGGCUCCAGAGUCCAGGGUCAGUCCUCUGCCUUUGGUUGGUUCCCCGUCUUUGGAUAGGUCUUCCUUGCCUUCGGUUGGAUCUAUGGUUACGGCGCCUGUUGGUCCUGUUUGCACCCCUCCCCGUUUGUCCCCGCGUGCCUUUACUCUCAGUAUGUCCCAUUACUUUGAGUCGGUUCCCCGGAUUAGUCCUUCAUCUUCGGUACGCUCUGCUUCUUCUGGUUCUUCAGGAUCUGGUUCGGUUUCCGUUUCCAACCUGGAGGAUCCUUUUGUGGACGCCUCUGCCCCUGAUCUGGAUUCACCAAUCCAUCCUUUGGUUUCGCCCGUUCCUCGUCCUAACUUUGAACAGUUGAUGGCCCUUGCCGACUGGCAGAUUGAUCAGGCCCGCGCCUACACUGCCACUUACACCGCUAAGCGUCAAGCUGCGUCCGUCGCUGUUCCCGCUCCCAGGAUCCCGGAGCCAAGGACCCCAGAGCCGAGGACCCCAGAGUCGAGGAUCCUGAAGCCCGAGAACCUGGAGCCCCCGACGCUUUCUCCCAUGACUUGCUCGCCUUCCGCGGAUGCCUCUCCUGAGGAAUCUGGCUCGCUGUUCCGUGACCCGGUUGGACCGCCUUGUACCCCGCCGCCGUGUACUCCUCCUCCUCGUGAGAUGGAUACUCUCGACCGCAGCGUUGAACGGCAACGGAUCCGGGCCCGCGAGCUCAGCGCAGAGGCCAAGGCCAAGUUUGCGCAGAUCCGGUCUCUCCUGGUGCACUGGCCUGCUCCCAAGCCGCGGUACGCGCCCUCUUACGACUAUAGCACGGACUCGCCUACGCCGCACACCAUUUCGAACUGGGACUCGACCCUGGAAGAGGAUCGGAUUUCGGAAUACUCCUGGACCCAAGGCGCCUUCCCUGUCGUCUCUCCUCAGCCCCCUGGGGCUCUGGCAGAGUGGGAUUCGCCGGCCGCUUGUCCUGGAUACUCUGGGUCUCCUGUCGCAUCUUCCUCUGGUUCCGUUGGCUCAGCUGGUUCCGCUGGCUCAUCUGGUUCCCCUGGAUCAUCUGGAUCUUCUGGAUCUUCUGGAUCGUCUGGUUCUUCCGGCACUCAUGGUUCCUCUGGUUCCACUGGCUUCUCUGGAUCUGGUGGCUCUUUUGGAUACUGUGCGUUUCCCGGGUCUACUGGAUCUUUCGGAACCUCCAGCUUUUUUGGGUCUCCCGGAUGCCCUGGUUCCCUCGAGGAGUCUGGACCCAUCUCUUCCUUGCUAGAGCUUUAUGGUCCCCUGUCGCCUGCGCCUAGUCCUAUGCCUGUUCCUGUGCCCGCUCCCGAGUCUGAGUUUGACCUGGUCACGACCAAGAUCAAGGGUGCCAAGGGAAUCACCCUCAAACAUGCUAAUAAUAUCUAUCCAAACACCAAAUCCGGUAACCUGCAUAGUACCAUCGGACUCGUCCAAAUGAAGUCGGACAACAUGACUCCGACACCUUUCGCGGUAUGA